UAGUAUUAACACGCCAAGUUGAACAGUUUUUGGUGUACUAGCUAUUUAUUUAUUUAUUGUGGAACGUGUUUACCUUUAUUUUAAAUAUGCUUGGCCUGUGCCUUUAUGUGCCUGUUCCGAAUUCGGAUGCGACUGAAUUCGAGUAUUUUGAGUCCAAUGGACUACCAUCAGAGUUGAAAUCGCUCUUCAAAUUGAGUGUGUUUCUACCUUCACAAGAAUUUUCUACUUAUCGGAAAUGGAGAAAGAAAGUGGUGAAAAGUGCAGAUAAGGACCUGGAUGGGCAGAUGGUCUUCGAGGAGUUUGUUAACUAUUUGCAAGAUCAUGAGAAAGACCUGAAGAUUGUCUUCAAGAGCCUGGACAGAAGGAGAGCUGGUAAAAUAUAUUCUAAGGAGAUCAUGCAGUCACUCCAGGACCUUGGUCUUCACAUAUCCCAGCAGCAUGCCGAGAAGGUCCUACAAAGCAUGGAUAAGAAUGGAACGAUGACUAUCGACUGGAAUCAGUGGAGCAACUACCCUCUGCUACAUCCCAAAGAGAACAACAUCCCUGGGAUCACCCUCUACUGGAAACACUCCACGCUCUUUGAUGUAGGUGAGAAUCUGAUGGUGCCUGAUGAUUUCACAACAGAGGAAAAACUGACAGGAAUGUGGUGGAGGCAUCUGGUUGCCGGCGGAGGUGCAGGAGCAGUGUCCCGAACAUUCACCGCCCCCUUAGACCGACUCAAAGUACUCAUGCAGGUCCAUGGUUCCCAUAGCAACAACAUGUGCAUCAUGAGUGGGCUCACCCAGAUGAUCAAAGAAGGUGGGAUGAGGUCGCUGUGGAGAGGGAAUGGAAUGAACAUCAUCAAAAUCGCCCCCGAAUCUGCCAUUAAGUUCAUGGCUUAUGAGCAGAUCAAGCGUUUGAUUGGCAGUGAUAAGGUGACACUUGGCAUCCUGGAGCGUUUUGUGGCUGGUUCUAUGGCUGGAGUCAUCGCUCAGAGCACCAUCUACCCCAUGGAGGUUCUGAAAACGCGGCUUGCCCUGCGAAAGACUGGUCAGUACUCUGGCAUCUCUGACUGUGCAAAGAACAUCUUUAGGAGAGAGGGACUGGGUGCCUUUUACAAGGGCUUUAUCCCCAACAUGAUGGGCAUCAUCCCCUAUGCUGGAAUCGACCUGGCUGUGUAUGAGACAUUGAAGAACUCCUGGUUAGAAAAGUAUGGCACCAAAAGUACUGACCCGGGAGUGUUCGUUCUGCUUGGCUGUGGCACAGUCUCCAGCACCUGUGGUCAGCUGGCCAGCUACCCCCUAGCCUUGGUCAGGACUCGCAUGCAGGCACAAGCCAUGAUGGAGGGCAGCCCACAGAUGACAAUGUCAGGGCUCUUCAAACAAAUCAUCCAGACAGAAGGGGCCACUGGCCUCUACAGGGGCCUGGCCCCUAACUUCCUGAAGGUCAUUCCAGCUGUCAGCAUCAGCUAUGUGGUGUACGAGAACCUGAAGAUGUCGCUGGGAGUUAAGUCGCGAUGAGAAGGUGACUCACGACAUCUGAAUAGUUCAGCUUUGAAAGCACUGAGGAGGUUGGUGUGUGUGUGUGUGUGUGUGAGACUCCUCCGAGUUGAGGCUAAGGAAUCUCUGACUCUUGAGGUUUGUGGAGCCAUCUCAUUCUGUGAAUGCCAGAGGAUGGAGGAGAACAAGGGACAACAGAAUGAAAAGGUAUCGACUCUGUGAGCUGAAAUGGAGGGGGAGGGGGGAGGGGGGGGGGCUUCCCUCAACAUUGCUAUUGCUGCUAUUGUUUAAUAGUUUAUUUUAGAAGAUCAAUUGUUGAGUUAUGACCAGAAUUAUACAGUGAAUGUUGGUUAGCUACUCAACUGAGUGAGCAACUCUAUAAUUGGGGACCAAUUCUUGUUGUUGCCCAUUUGUGGUAUAGUGCCUCUGUAAGAAUGUUCCUCUCUCACUUUGGUUUCACUCAGUAAAUUAGGCUAUGCAACAGUGCAAACUGCACCAGACUCAUUAAGUAGAAACUACUUCAGUUAUGCCCAAUGCACAACAAAUGUUUUUGACUAACAUGAUGUAUUCAGACAUUUUCCUUAGCAUUAAUGGGUUUUCCGAGUAGUUAUUGGUUUUUCCCCCACAUUUGCCUGAUAUGAAAAUGAUAUUCAGUCAUGUUCCUUGAAUAUAGGGAAUUGAGCAAAAGCACAUGUGGUGUUUCUUUCCCCUUCUCACUUGGUGCAGAUAGACAAUUUAUUCACACUGCCAUUUCCGACUAAAUUAGGGUGUAUUUCUGAAGGAUUUAAGUAUUUAUUGAUGUCCAAUCGAUCCAAUAUUUAUUUUUGUUUUUUAUUGUCUGGAGAUGACCAUUAAGAAUCGCAUGUCUGUUUUUUUUCUUCCAGAACACGGCACUAACUGGCUUUAUGUUCAUAAGUUUGAUUGUUAUUGAUAACUAACUGAAGAGCCAUAUUAUGUACAAGUAUUGUGGGUGUUUUUGCUAAAUAAGAUCACAUGAGAUUCUUAUGCAAUGUUAAAGAGCAUGUAUUUGUAAAUGUUUUCAAUGCAAACCAGCUUUAAAUUAUUGCUUGAGUCAAUCCUGCAUAUAUUUUCCCUUAAUAUAUAAAUGUAAUAGUUUGUCAGUUUACAUUAGUUGUUUAUUAUGGAAAUGCACAAUAAUUACUUCUGUGUUGAGGUCAGGAGAGUCUUGGUUGUCAGGACACUUAAUCAAUGUCUUUAUACCUAAAACCAAACAUGAUUUUAGAGCUUUGAGUAGAUUGAUGAUUAACAGUAAUGCACUUUAAUUCAUGCUGGAGACACUUUUGAAUGUUUUGCAUUACCUUUAGAUACAAACUGGGAAAUCACUUCAACUUUUGAAAAUAAUAAUGUAAUUAUUAAACCUUUUUAAUGGACCAUUUUGUACAAUGUUCUUUGAGCAAAUAAAUUAAAAGUAUUGUAUAAUA